AUGGGAUCGCGUCUUCUUACUUCCUGCCUUUUGGCCAUCGUCAGCGCUGGCUUCCUCUCCGUGGCGCAUGCUGCACAUGUUAACUACAACUUCAACAUCGUCAACGCCAACAUCGCCCCGGAUGGCUUCACGAGGGCCGCCGUUCUUGUGAACGGUAUCUUCCCUGGCACUCUCAUUGAAGCCAACAAGGACGACAUCCUCCACAUCACGACUAACAACCAACUCGUCAACCCCACCAUGAGACGCAGUACUACAAUCCAUUGGCACGGUCUCUUCCAAUUCAGGACCGCGUCAGAGGAUGGACCUGCUGGUGUCAACCAAUGCCCCAUCGCGCCUGGUCACUCGUACACUUACGACAUUCCCUUGAACGGGCAACCAGGAACGUUUUGGUACCAUAGUCACUUGUCCUCUCAAUACGUCGAUGGCCUUCGAGGCGUCUUGGUCGUACGGGAUCCCGUCGACCCUCAUCUCAGCCUCUACGAUGUGGAUGAUGCAUCUACUGUGAUCAGCCUUGGGGAUUGGUAUCACAAGGCUGCACCUGGGAUUCAGGAAGUGUACCUCCGAGGGAAUCACGAACCCGUUCCCGAUUGUGGCACUAUAAACGGCGUCGGGCGCUAUGUGGGCGGUCCUGCGGUACCCCGCGCCCGUAUCAAUGUCGUCCAGGGGCAGCGCUACCGUUUCCGAGUCGUGAAUCUGUCAGCUUAUGGUCAAUUCACGUUCUCCAUCGAGGGCCACAGCCUGACCGUCAUUGAGGUUGAUGGUAUCAACCACGUCCCGAAGACUGUUGACGGUUUCGAAAUCUACGCUGGCCAGCGCUACUCCGUGGUCGUACACGCCAACCAGCCGAUCAGGAACUACUGGGUUCGUGCGCCCAUGGAGCUCCAGCACCAUAGUGACAAUGACAACCUUGACGAGGAAAAUAAUUAUGCUGUUCUGCACUACGCUGGUGCACCAUCGGGAGAGCCUACGACCAGAGCAAGGGACGGUGUAGAUAACCUUCUCAGGGAACACGAACUCGCUCCCCUCGAGAACCCUGGUGCUCCCGGAGGUAGCGCGCCAGCUGACCGCGUCAUCGACCUCUCCUUCACACGGAGUACCAACAACAAUCAGUUAAAGUGGACUAUUAAUGGCAUCCAGUAUCAUUCACCCACUGUCCCGACGUUGUUGAAUAUCAUCGCCAACGGCGCCACUGUCGAAAGCGACUUCACGACUCCAGAGCACACCUUCGUUUUGAAUCACAAUGAAAUCAUCGAACUUGUUAUCCACGGCUCGGCGAAUGGUCAUGUACACCCAUUCCAUCUUCAUGGUCAUGCCUUCGACAUCGUGCAGGGCAAUUCUGGACCAUCGAAUUACGUCAAUCCACCCCGCCGCGAUGUCGUGGGUGUCAAGGGCAGCACGGUAAUCAUUCGCUUCAAAGCCGAUAACCCAGGCCCAUGGUUCUUGCACUGCCACAUCGAUUGGCACUUGGAAGCAGGUCUCGCGGUUGUUUUUGCCGAGGCUCCGAACGAGCAGCGGACCGGACCCCAAUCGCAGAUCAUCAAGCAAGAGUGGUUGGACCUUUGCCCCAUUUACAAUGCUCUCCCUGCCGAGCUCCAGUAA